AUGAGACAUCCUUUCAUUUUAACAACUGAUGCUUCCGAUAUUGGAAUUGGUUCUGUUCUAUCUCAAAAAAUUAAUGGUGAAGAAAAAAUGAUUGCCUAUUUUAGUAAAAUACAUAGUGCAGCGCAAAAGAAUUAUUCCACAACGGAGCAAGAGUUACUUGCUGUGGUUAAAUCUAUUGAACAUUUUUCACAUUACCUAGUUUGUCAAAAAUUUAUACUUAACACAGAUCACAAGUCAUUGAUUUAUUUGCUGAAGAAUCCCAGUAAAAAUCAACGACUUUUCAGAUGGGCUUUAGCAGUUCAAGAAUUUAAUUUUGAAAUUAUGCAUGUAAAAGACAUUGAAAAUUUUUCAGACUUAUUAAGUAGAGGAUUUAGUAAUAUAACAGUCAAUACGAUAAAAGGUAAAAGAGACAUUAUAAUACUUAGAACAUGGGAAAUAAGAAAUAUACUUGCCAAUACCUAUCAUAAGACGGCUCAUGGUAAUAAAGACAUUAUGAAAUAUUUAAUAACUAAGUUAUAUUAG